ACCCCAAGUGACUGCUGCACACCACUAGAGGAGUCAUUGUCUUCCACAUCCCCCCCCAUUUUCACUUGCCCUCCCUCAGUUCCUCCUCCCCUUCAUGGUAUAUUUUUCUUCCACACUCUCCUGCGUCCAUCAGUGGCUGUGGAGUCUGCAUGGGGCUCAGUGGAGUUGAAAGUCUAGAGCCUUUUGCUGUUUUGUUUAAGACCUGGUUAUGGUUGUGAGAUUUUUUUUUUUUUUUUGUCAGCUGCCUGUUAUAUCAAUCACAGAGUCGGGAUCUAUUUAUAGGUUGGGAGUACUGUGUCCUUAGUCACAAAGAGACACAGACAGGGGACUGUCAGCUGGUACCGGAGGAGCGGAGCAACGAGUUAUCAGCAACUGCAAGCACCUGAGGGGCCGCGCAUUCCACCCCAGCCCCGUUUUCCACGCCAGCCCCAAGCAUGCUGCUGAAUAGGAUGUCCUCGGAUGACAGGCACCUGGGCUCCAGCUGCGGCUCCUUCAUCAAGACCGAGCCAUCCAGCCCGUCCUCCGGCAUCGACGCCCUCAGCCACCACAGCCCCAGUGGCUCGUCCGACGCCAGCGGCGGCUUUGGCCUGGCCCUGGGCACCCACGCCAACGGUCUGGACUCGCCACCCAUGUUUGCAGGCGCCGGGCUGGGAGGCACCCCGUGCCGCAAGAGCUACGAGGACUGUGCCAGCGGCAUCAUGGAGGACUCGGCCAUCAAGUGCGAGUACAUGCUGAACGCCAUCCCCAAGCGCCUGUGCCUCGUGUGCGGGGACAUUGCCUCUGGCUACCACUAUGGCGUGGCCUCCUGCGAGGCUUGCAAGGCCUUCUUCAAGAGGACCAUCCAAGGGAACAUCGAGUACAGCUGCCCGGCCACCAACGAGUGCGAGAUCACCAAACGGAGGCGCAAGUCCUGCCAGGCCUGCCGCUUCAUGAAAUGCCUCAAAGUGGGGAUGCUGAAGGAAGGUGUGCGCCUUGAUCGAGUGCGUGGAGGCCGCCAGAAAUACAAGCGACGGCUGGACUCAGAGAGCAGCCCAUAUCUGAGCUUACAAAUUUCUCCACCUGCUAAAAAGCCAUUGACCAAGAUUGUCUCAUACCUACUGGUGGCUGAGCCAGACAAGCUCUACGCCAUGCCUCCCCCUGGCAUGCCUGAGGGGGACAUCAAGGCUCUGACCACUCUCUGUGACCUGGCAGACCGGGAGCUUGUGGUCAUCAUUGGCUGGGCCAAACACAUCCCAGGCUUCUCAAACCUUUCCUUGGGGGACCAGAUGAGCCUGCUGCAGAGUGCCUGGAUGGAGAUCCUCAUCCUGGGCAUCGUGUACCGCUCGCUGCCCUAUGACGACAAACUGGUGUACGCUGAGGACUACAUCAUGGACGAGGAGCACUCCCGCCUCGCGGGGCUGCUGGAACUCUACAGGGCCAUCCUGCAGCUGGUGCGCAGGUAUAAAAAGCUCAAGGUGGAGAAGGAGGAGUUUGUGACGCUCAAGGCCCUGGCCCUCGCCAACUCCGAUUCCAUGUACAUUGAGGAUCUGGAGGCUGUCCAGAAGCUGCAGGACCUGCUGCACGAGGCGCUGCAGGACUACGAGCUGAGCCAGCGCCACGAGGAGCCCCGGAGGACGGGCAAGCUGCUGCUGACGCUGCCCCUGCUGCGGCAGACGGCCGCCAAGGCCGUGCAGCACUUCUACAGCGUUAAACUGCAGGGCAAGGUGCCCAUGCACAAACUCUUCCUGGAGAUGCUGGAGGCCAAGGUCUGAUGGCCCUGCACACGGACCAUGCCCACCUACAGACAGACAAACGGACAGACCGAGGUGGAGCCCUCCACAGCCACCAGCCUCCACCUUCAACCCCUGUAUCAUGGCUCUGAGCUGUCCCAGAGGCAGGGGUUUCUCGCUCCUGGCUAUGUGCAGACUCCCGGGUGCAGUGGGGUGGGGGACGGGGAUGGGGGGCAGGGGCGUGGGGCUCGUCUGUAACUGGCUUUUUCUUUGGUAUGUCUUUCCUUCUCCAUGGGCAGUGCAGAGGCCUGGGCCAGGGCUGACUCCCUUCAGGAGUGGAGACCACUGGAGCAAGUGCCCCUCCCCUCCACCAAACCACUAAGAGGCAGCAUGUGCAUUUCCUAACUUCCUUGCCCCCUCCCCCAUCCACGGCCUGGGUGGGCAGUGCUCAGGCUGGGUACUACCUGGAGGUUUUCCUUCCACAGAGGGCAGGUAUGCAAGGGACAACAGCAUCUUUCUUCCAGAGGCCCUGCCUGCUGAGAUCCUCUGGGGCCCCUCGAGAGCCCCAUACCUCCCACAGUCCCCAUUCAGCUUUCAGCCAGGGCGGACCCACAGGAGAGCUCACGUGUUUCCUGGGCACCCCACUCCCUCGCGGCCUGCCCCCUGCCUGUCACCCACCACGCCAGUGCCCACCUGUCCUCCUCCUCUUCUUCUCCCGUAGGGGUCCCCCAUUACUUCCUGACCCUACCUCAGAGCUCACUCACCCAGUGGGUUCAUCAGCCACAGUGACUCCAGGGCCUGUAGACAGGAACGUGCUGGCAUAGAGAAGAGCGGGGGCCACACCGUCCUCCCCAGAACCCUUUCCCGCUUCCUGCCUUCCCCCUGUUCCUGAAGGGCAGGUCUAGGCCAGGUGGGCCCGUGAAAAGCUCAGGAGCCUGGCUUCAUCCAAGAGCACCCUAGGGGGAGGAUCAGGGCAGGAUGGGCAGAGGCCCAGACCAAUCUUCACCAAGCACAGAAAGGCCCAGCAGCUGAGAGAAGUAGGCAGAGGGGCCCCGAAGGGAGGGAGCUCAGCGGGAUGGCCAGACUCAUGCUUCCUGGCUUCCCUUCUCCGCAUCAUGCCACAGGAGGGGGGCCUCCCGCCACCCUUGCACAACCAGAGGUUUGGUGUAGCUCCCCUGGGCACUGCGCGCACACCAGCUCUCUGGCAGGACCCCUGCAGUCCCCCUGACUGCUGUGCCAGGUGACCAAGCAUCCCAGUUUUCCCAGGAUGUUCCUUUGUCCCAGGAAACUCCUCAGCCCCAGGCACAUGGGGACAAUGGGUCACCCCGUUUCUGUGGAUGGCCAUGAAGGUUUUCACUGACUCAAGGGGCAGCCCUGAACACCCAUCUGUGCUCACAGGUUGGUAAGGGCAGCUUAGAGGAUCUCCCAAGGACAAAAGAGUAUCAAGCCAUGAUGGAAAAUGUCCCUUCUAAUGAGCUGCCUGCGCAAGCAGGGAUCAGAGCAACCCCGCGGGGAUCCCGCAUCCAUGCCAUUCUAGUCGAACCUGCCUCAUCGAGAGAGGCAGGCAGAUCUCACCAGGCACUGGGACACCAGGAGGCCAGGUGCCUUUCUGCAGCUUUUCCAUUGAAACCCUGGUCCCACCUCCCUGGCUCUACCUUAGGAACCUCGUGCUGAUGAUGUGCUGAGGUCAUCCAGACAGGAGUGAGGGCUGGCUGAAAUCCACAAACUGCAGAGCAGCUGUCUGAUGGUGUCCCAUAUAGAAAAUGUUAAGGGUUCCGAGAGCCCUCCCAGACCUGGGACGUGUCCACCCCACUCCCCUUGCCUGUGGGGAAUCGGGUCUGAGUCACUUGAGUGGGCAUUGAGCCAUCACCCAGGAUGCUGGGUCCGCACCCUCCACGCAGCCCCUCUUCCCCGAUCUGGGUAGAGGUGCACAUUGGGGCAAAGGCCCUUCCUCAGUGUCAAGAAACACCAGCUGCAAACCAAGUCUAGCACUGUGUUUAGAGGCUGCACCCUGAGGGCCUGCUCUGAGGAAACCUUCAGAGUCGAGACCUUGGGGUGUGCUCCGUGGGGCUCCCUUAGUCUCACUGUGCUGUGUCCUUGCAGUGGGGCCGUGGUGGCACCCUGCUGUGUCACUUCCUGCCACCUGGAGGACUCAGGUGGCAGGGGAUCAUGCCCAGCUAGCAUCUGCUGCCUGUCUUUCCUAGGGAAAGCAUCUCUGGCUCAGUGUGCAACAUCUGGCUUGGAGAGAGUGGGUGUUCUGUGCACCGGGCAGCUGUGCCUCUAGCACAGUGAGGCGGAAGUCCUGAUAGUUGGUGUCCGUGAGGUGGAAGCUGCUUUUACACUUAAAACUCACAUCACAACAGGAAAUGUGUCCGCAACAAUGGAACUCCAUCCAAUGGGAAAGUUCCUGGUACUGAAGGGAUCCAUUGGAUGCUCAGAAAAGAAGUUUAGGAGCCAACUUCUUAGCUGGAAGCCUGGUCAGAUGAAGACCCUCUCUAGGGAAGGGAGAGGACUGACUUAGUGGGAGGUGGUGAAGUGAGGAGAGUUUAGGGGACCCUCCCGCCAGUGGAACAGAACUCAAGUUUACCCCAAACCUGCCAUUUCUGGGAAAUCUGUAAAGAGGAAACAGCCUGUCUCAGUUGUACUCUCAUGAUACAGGUCAUCUGAAAUGAACCAAGAAAUAAAACAAAAGUCCAACCGUGGAGAAGGUGGUACGGCUGGGUUUUGUUUGGUCCCCUUGCCUUCUGAAGUUUCCAGACUGGCUUUGUCACUUUGUGAACUUGUCACGUGUGAAACCCGAUCUUUGCAUUUAGGGAACUUCUUCAGGCCACACUUUAAGAACCAAGUAAGAGGCUCUCAAGACUCCAGCAGAGUCGGGAGGUCAUGGCAGAGCCUUAGAGGAGGCAGAACCUGCAUCCACUUGUGUCGGGGCCCCAUUUCCCCAGAGACUCUGCCCUCCCUCUGUGCAGAUAGGCGUGGAGGGUGACCAGCUUGUGACAAGAAGACUGAAGGGUCCAGAGUCUAUGCUCACGGAACAGCACCAAAGAAAAGCACUAUGUGGAAAGAUUGUUUUAUUUUCUAAUACUGAUGAUAUGGCUGGAAUGGCUUCAUAAGAUGUAUAUAUUUUUUAAAAUGGCGGUUCCCUCCUGCAGCAUCACCUGCCUGUACGACUUUCCGCCUCUGUGUAUGUUCUCCCAGAGACCCCCCAUGUAAAUCAAAUGCCCUAGGAUUCUUCCAUCCUGGUCCCAUGUAUCUGGAAUCUAAUAAAUAAGGAAAGGCCUA